AUGGAGGAGGACUUGAUCGACAAGUUGGAAGGAGUGUCGCUUAGCAGAAUUAAUGAAGCAUCACAUGAUGAAAAAAAAAGUCUUAAGGGGAAGAUAAGAGAACUUGAACAUAUGAUCAAUAUAAAAAUGAUGAAAUUACAAAUGGAGUUAAUAGAAUCGAAAAAAAAAGAAGAAAUUCAUGAGUAUGAUUUUACAGAUUUAUUUAAUGAAUUUAAGGAAGAAAUAACAAAAAAAAUUGAAGAUGUUAAUGAUCUUAUUGGAAAAAGAAUUGAUGAGCAAAAUGUGAAACACACUAAACUGUUCAAUAUUUUAGUUUCCUUAAAAAAUGAAAACGCUUCGAUCAAUAAGGCUAUCUCUUUGUUAAACGAGAAAAUACACAUGCUCGAGGAGGAAAUAGGGGAAUAG